AUGAUGAGCAAUAGCAGCAGCACAGAUACAGGCGGCAACACCCAGUCGGUGAAACGUCGUGUCUCAAAGGCUUGUGAUGCUUGCCGGAAAUCAAAAACCAAGUGUGAUGGAGAAAGGCCGUGUAGUCGCUGCUUGAAAGAAAACAAACUAUGCACAUAUUCAAAAUCAAACAUUGGGUACGCCCAGGCCAAAUGCAAGAAAUUGUACAACCAGGAAUACGUCGAUUUGUUGGAAACGAGAAAUUCGCUCCUAACGAAAGCACUGAGCCUGCUGUUCAAACAGUUCGACAAAUGCGUCGACAGUGGACUUGUCCAAAUACACCCUCAAAAGUAUACCGACUUCAAGCAUUUGCAGAUGCAAUCUAUGAUGCUUAAUAACAAUUCCAGCGAGAGCAACCCUAACGACAGCAAUUCUGAUGCAUGGGAACAAACCGACAUGCACGACCAGGACCAGGACGCCGCCAUUCGCGACGAUCCGGCUCUUGCGUGGAUCAAUUUGUUGAAAAACAGAAACCUCUUCAUUAAUGGCGAAACGGGCAAGCUCAAUGUCAACGAGGUCAUCUAUUCCAUAAUACCGACGAACGUCGAUAUGGCCGUGAAAUCUUUGAAUUACACACAUGGCGGGAAAGAAGAGAUCGACAAAAUGGUCAUGAGAGGUGAUCCGAAUAUCGGAAAAUCGUCUUCUCAGGUAUACGAUAAGCUGCUUUCAAGAGGUUACGUUAAUUCAGGGACCCUAUUCACCGCAGAUCAUUCAAAAGAAGGUGUCCCAGAGGAUUCCCGGGUAGAACUCCCGAAAAGAAAGAGGCGCAAAAACCCUACAAAUCAAUCCCCGCACGGUAUCCCAAUGUCAACAAAGCCCAGCAACGAUUCCACGGCAACCAUUUCGCAUAAUGACUUGUCGUCGGCAUCGUCUUUUCCAACUGAUAGAGAGCAAUGGUACCCAAAAUUGGAGUAUAGUCAAUUUGACCUGCUAGAUUCCUUGUCAAACGAUUUCCAACGACAGCAUUCAGCCAACGUACGAAUAUCACACCAGCACGGUGCCGGUCAAAUUCAAAACCAACAUAAUGAUGGGACGUCUACAGUAACUGGUAACACCGUAGCUGCCCAAAAUGCAUAUCAAGAGACUAAUGAGAUACAAGAAAACAAAAGCCAUAUAAGAAAUCCGAACCCCUAUGGUAGGAACAACGAUCAAUAUAACUUUUAG